GCCCCGCCUCCGUCUCCUGGCCUGCCCCCUUCAUGGGCCGCGAUGAUGGCGGCCCUAUACCCGAGCACGGACCUCUCGGGCGCUUCCUCCUCCUCCCUACCUUCCUCCCCAUCCUCCUCUUCGUCGCCGAACGAAGUGAUGGCGCUGAAGGAUGUGCGGGAGGUGAAGGAGGAGAACACCCUGAAUGAGAAGCUUUUCUUGCUGGCGUGCGACAAGGGUGACUAUUAUAUGGUUAAAAAGAUUUUGGAGGAAAACAGUUCAGGUGACUUGAACAUAAAUUGCGUAGAUGUGCUUGGGAGAAAUGCUGUUACCAUAACUAUUGAAAACGAAAACUUGGAUAUACUACAGCUUCUUUUGGACUACGGUUGUCAGUCCGCAGAUGCACUUUUGGUGGCAAUCGACUCUGAAGUAGUGGGAGCUGUUGAUAUACUACUUAAUCAUCGACCAAAACGAUCAUCAAGACCAACUAUAGUAAAACUAAUGGAGCGAAUUCAAAAUCCUGAGUAUUCAACAACUAUGGAUGUUGCACCUGUCAUUUUAGCUGCUCAUCGUAACAACUAUGAAAUUCUUACAAUGCUGUUAAAACAGGAUGUAUCUCUACCCAAGCCCCAUGCAGUUGGCUGUGAAUGCACAUUGUGCUCUGCAAAAAACAAAAAGGACAGCCUCCGACAUUCCAGGUUUCGUCUUGAUAUAUAUCGCUGUUUGGCCAGUCCAGCUCUAAUAAUGUUAACAGAGGAGGAUCCAAUUCUGAGAGCAUUUGAACUUAGUGCUGAUUUAAAAGAAUUAAGCCUUGUGGAGGUGGAAUUCAGGAAUGAUUAUGAGGAAUUAGCCCGGCAAUGUAAAAUGUUUGCUAAAGAUUUGCUUGCACAAGCCCGGAAUUCACGAGAAUUGGAAGUUAUCCUAAACCAUACAUCUAGUGAUGAACCUCUUGACAAACGGGGAUUACUAGAAGAAAGAAUGAAUUUAAGUCGUCUAAAACUUGCUAUCAAAUAUAACCAAAAGGAGUUUGUCUCCCAGUCUAACUGCCAGCAGUUCCUGAACACUGUUUGGUUUGGACAGAUGUCAGGCUACCGACGUAAGCCCACCUGUAAGAAGAUAAUGACUGUUUUGACAGUUGGUAUCUUUUGGCCAGUUUUGUCACUUUGUUAUUUGAUAGCUCCCAAAUCUCAGUUUGGCAAAAUCAUUCACACUCCUUUUAUGAAAUUUAUUAUUCAUGGAGCAUCAUAUUUCACAUUCCUGCUGUUACUAAACCUAUAUUCUCUUGUCUACAAUGAGGAUAAGAAAAACACAAUGGGGCCAGCCCUUGAAAGAAUAGACUAUCUUCUUAUACUGUGGAUUAUUGGGAUGAUUUGGUCAGACAUUAAAAGACUCUGGUAUGAAGGGUUGGAAGACUUUUUAGAAGAAUCCCGUAAUCAACUCAGUUUUGUCAUGAAUUCACUUUAUUUGGCAACUUUUGCCCUCAAAGUGGUUGCUCACAACAAGUUUCAUGAUUUUGCUGAUCGGAAGGACUGGGAUGCAUUCCAUCCUACUCUGGUGGCAGAAGGGCUUUUUGCAUUUGCAAAUGUUCUAAGUUAUCUUCGUCUCUUUUUUAUGUAUACAACAAGCUCCAUAUUGGGUCCAUUACAGAUUUCAAUGGGACAGAUGUUACAAGAUUUUGGAAAAUUUCUUGGGAUGUUCCUUCUUGUUUUGUUUUCUUUCACAAUUGGACUGACACAACUGUAUGAUAAAGGCUAUACCCCAAAAGAACAGAAGGACUGUGUGGGCAUCUUCUGUGAACAGCAAAGUAAUGAUACCUUCCAUUCGUUCAUUGGCACUUGCUUUGCUUUGUUCUGGUAUAUUUUCUCCUUAGCACAUGUGGCAAUCUUUGUCACAAGAUUUAGUUAUGGAGAAGAAUUGCAGUCCUUUGUUGGAGCUGUUAUUGUUGGGACAUACAAUGUCGUGGUUGUGAUCGUGCUUACCAAGCUGCUGGUGGCAAUGCUUCAUAAAAGCUUUCAGUUGAUAGCAAAUCAUGAAGACAAGGAAUGGAAGUUUGCUCGAGCAAAGUUGUGGCUUAGCUACUUUGAUGACAAAUGUACAUUACCCCCACCUUUCAAUAUUAUUCCUUCACCAAAGACUAUUUGCUAUAUGAUUAGUAGCCUCAGUAAGUGGAUUUGCUCUCAUACAUCAAAAGGCAAGGUUAAACGGCAAAACAGUUUAAAGGAAUGGAGAAAUUUGAAACAAAAGAGAGAUGAAAACUACCAAAAAGUGAUGUGCUGCCUAGUGCAUCGUUACUUGACAUCCAUGAGACAGAAGAUGCAAAGUACAGAUCAGGCAACCGUGGAAAAUCUAAAUGAACUACGCCAAGAUCUUUCAAAAUUCCGAAAUGAAAUAAGGGAUUUACUUGGCUUUCGGACUUCUAAAUAUGCUAUGUUUUACCCAAGAAAUUAA